AUGGAAGGACUUCCUAGGAUUCCUGCUGUCAGCUUGUGUUUGAAGAAAACUGAUUUUGUACCUGAACUUCAACCAUUAAAAAGAUAUAUUGAAGUACAGUACCAACAGCCUUCCAGUAAUUAUGACAAAGAAUUUAAUGAGUUUCUUAGCCUACGCAAAUCUGCUUGUGAACCAUCCAUUGAUUACACUGGAGUUUCCCAACAAAAGCGUUAUUAUGCUCAGCUACAGCUGCUUAAAGGCAGGUUUCAUUUUUCUGCGGAAAAAUGUACAGAUGUAAAAUGGAAAUGGCAAGAUGCUUUUUCCAACUCAUUCUCAGAAUCUUCUGACAUUCGGUUUGAGGAGGCUUCGGUGAUGUAUAAUAUUGCAGCACUACAUUCAAUUCUGGGUGUCAAAGAGAGAAGAUCAGAUGCGGAUAGUAUGAAAAUUGCUUGCACUCACUUUCAAUGUGCCUCAUGGGCCCUGAGUACAUUGGUUGAGCGUCAUUUACCUUUACCUGGUGCACCUGAUUUAAACAGUGAGCUUAUGCUUACUUUCGGGUCCAUUAUGCUAACACAAGCACAAGAGUGUGUUGUAGAAAAGUCCAUCCUGGAUAACAGACCUGCUAAUGUAAAUGCUAAGCUAUCUCAAUAUAUAAUGGAUACCUAUGAAAAUGUUGGUGUUCAAUUGUUGUCUUUUGAAUCGAAUGAUAAAAUGGUGCUUCCAAAAUUUUGUAAAGAAUGGCGUCGUCGGUGUCAAAUGAAAACUAGCUUCUAUUCAGCUUUAACAGCUUAUUAUGCUGGCAUACAUGAAGAAGAGAAUAAAGCUUUUGGUAAAGCUAUAGCCUGGUUUCAGCUUGCUGUUAAACGUAUCGAAGAUUGUGAAACAAUGGCGAAAAAUUUCAAAGAUUCAGAAAAUCCCUCCAUGUUUGUUUCAAGUGGUACUUUUCGCGCUAGUGCUACAUAUGUUGGGGAUAUUAUUCGUAAUAAAUUGACAAGUUCUACAAAGGAUAAUGAUUUUGUAUAUCAUGAGUCUGUACCGAAAAUUGAAUUACUUGAACAAAUUAAAGGUGUUUGCAUUGUUAAAGGUGUACCAUUUGACCAUAAUGAUCCAGAAGUUAGGGGUCGUGAUAUUUUUCAUCGACUUAUACCAAUGAAUGUGUUAGAAUCAGCGUCAAUAUACAGUGAGAUGAAGGCCUCACUUCUGCGUACUUUGACCGGUGAAGUGGAUUCGAAAGAGGAUGAAUUAGAUAAAUUUUUAUCCACACUUUACUUGGAUCCACAGACAAUGUUGACACCAGAUCCACCCUUACCUCAGUCAAUUUAUGAUCGUUUUGCUAGUAUGGAUGCUAUGGAGCAAGAUCCUAAUCGUGAAUUAUCAAAACAGUUGAAAAGUCUUGUAAGCGUCAGUGUUGAUGUUGACAGUGAAAUCAAAAAUUUGUCUAUCAAACUGGAUGAUAUGGAAGGAUGUUUCAGUGCAUUGCUCGCUGUUAAAGGUAAUGAAAAGAUGAGAAAUUUCAGUAUCAUUGUAAAAAAUUUAAAGGAACGCUUUAAAUCACUCUAUGAUGCUUGUCAACAAGCUAAACAAUCAAACAAUCAAUUGAGAGAGUUUAUUGGACAACAGUUGAAAUCAUUUGAUGAUACUUUGAAAGUAUCAUUAGAUGAAUUUGUAAAGAAUUUACCGUCAGUAAAUGAUUUAAUCACUGAUAUAACAUUUAAUAAAAUUUUCAUGGAAGCACAACGUUUAUUUGAUAAAGUCAAUGAAAUGCGUCAACAACGAUAUGAAUUAAAUAAAGAUAAUUUAGAUGUAUGGUUUACAAAUCGUUUAAAAACAAAACAUGAUAAUCUUGUAAAUAUUAUUAAACAGAAUUUAAUUGCACAAGGUAAUAUUCAAUCUGCUCUGAUUGAUUUAAAUGCUGAAUAUGCACCAUUAUGGGAAAAAUUAAAAGAAAUUCGAAUAAAACGAUCUGAACAAAUUAAUCAUAUUCUAUCAACUGGUGAAGUAUUUGAUGAUAUUCUAUUAAAAUCUAAACAAGGGAUAACUUUUUACAAUUCUGUAAUUGAUCAAUUAAAACAACUUGACAAAGAGAUUGAUCAACUCAUUGAAGAUUUUCAUAAACAGUUACGUUCAUCAAUGGCAGAAUUAUCGAAACCAAUAUCAAAUGUAUCGACUGAAUCAUUGCCUCGUUUACCAUCUGUCUCAGUACCUUCAUUCCCAACUCUUGCAUCAUUCCCUUCAGCUUCGAUUCCAUCAAAUCAAUCUGUUGGUGAUACUUCUAUAUCUCGUAGUCAACCUCAUUCACAGGAUGUGUACUUUAAACCACCAGGUGUUGCUCACUCUUUCUCGUAUCAACCUACUUCUCAGCCUCAACCACCUUUUAGAGUCCCGAUGCCAAAUAUACAAACUUACAACAAUCCACAACAAAAUACCAGUGUUAACUUUCCACCAUCUUCUAUUGCAAAUUCCACUUCAUCGUAUACCCCAUGUUUUUCGACAUCCACCCCAAUGCCAACAGCUCUUCAUCAGCCUCCUGCAUUACCAGGUGGUUUCACUCAAACCAUCAAUAUGGUUAAUCCUUUGACGCCUCCUUUUCCACGAACGGAUGUUUCUAUUCGACAAACAGUUAACAUGCCUCCUUCGCAACCGAAUAAUAUAUCUAAUGCAAUCGAGUCACGAUUUGUUUCAAAUAAUCUACACCCUCCUGUCUUCUCAUCUACUGUAUCUUCACAACAACAAUCUCAUUUACCUGGUAACACUGGUUUUCCACCUUCUAACAAUAUUCUCCAAGCUUCGUUUCGUGCUGGUAAUCCUUUGGUCACACCAAAUUAUUUAUCUUUGAAUACCAGUCAAAUUCCUCGACAAUCUAUUUGGCCAAAUCAAUCAAUGCACAAUCCAGCUUAUCAAAAUCUCCAGCCAGGAUAUCCUCAGGGAUUAUCACCGAUGCAACAACCCAGAGGAGUUGGUAGUAUUCAACAAUCUCAGUCAAAUACACCUCCUCCAAGUGCACUGAACUAUCAGCAAACGGCUUUCCAUGUGAAUAAUUAUCCGUUAAAUCCUGGCCACAUUCCAGUUGGAUCACAUUCGUAUAUGCUUCAGCCUAAUCAGAAUCAGUAUACACAUACAGUUCAACAACCUACAAGUAUAUCGACACAAUUUACACCACCGACAAAUGUACCUCAAGCUUAUCAAGGCACUCGUUCCCUUGAAAGUAGUAAUAAUACUACUACAGUUGGACAGACAACAAACCCUCCAUCUACAAUGUCUGAUCAGAAAUCACCUCUACAAGUCUUAGAUACUAAUAAUGAUGUGUGUUCAUCAUCAAACAUGAAAUCACUUUCUCCCAUUCAACCUCAAGUUUUAACUAAAGCUGAUUUCGAUGCUAAACGUAGAGAGGAACGAUUACGUGAAGCUUAUUCAUUGAAUUCAACUUCUCAGACAACAUCUAUUCCUUCAUUGAAUAUUAAAGAAUCAUCUUCAAAUGAAAUGAAAUUAUCAACAAAUUCAGAAAUAAUUCAUGAAGAAGAUAAUAAUAAUUCAUACUCAAAUUCAACAUACCUUGAUCAAACUACUAAUGAAUCUUCAAUAGUAACUGAUUCUAUCAAGGAUCAUUCAAUUUCUCAAUGUAAAUUUACUUCACCUGAAGGUUUAUCUGAUCCUCUUGUAUUGAAUCGAUUUAUUGCUUCAGCUGAACUUCUUUUAACUUGGCUUGAAAAUCCAAAUGAGCUAGUUCCUCUUUCUACUACUACUACUACAGCACCAUCAUUAAAUUCACAGACAAAUUCUAUAACAAGAUUAAAUAAAGCUUGGCAAAAAGUACAAUUAUUAGCUAAUGAUUUUUCAACUUCUGUAUACUUUAAUGGUAAACGACCAACACAAGCAGCUGCUUUAUGUUGUCCAUCAAAAAAUCGUAGUCAAGAGUUUGUUCCAUUCGAUGUUAAUCGUGUUAUCUUAUCGUCAUCAUCAUCAUCAUCAAUGAAAAAUGAUUAUAUCAAUGCAAGUUAUAUUGAUUUUCAGAAUAAUUUAGGUGAAUGGUGUCCACGAUAUAUUAUAACACAAGCUCCAUUACCUAAAACUGUUAUCGAUUAUUGGACAAUGAUACUUGAACAAGGUUGUGAAGUAAUAGUAAUGUUAAUUCCAUCACGUAUGAAUACAACUGUUAACUCGUUUACUAUGUCUAAAUCAUAUGGUGAAGGUGGAUUCGGUGAUGAUAAUGAUCCAUUACGUGUACCAAUACAUUUACCAAUGAAUAAACCUGGCUCUAGACUAUCUUUACCUGGUAGUAGUUUAGAAAUUCGUCUUCAAGCAAUCAAAGAAUCACAUUUAGAUAAUAAUGAUUCCAAUUCUCUACAACAACAACAACAACAAUUUUCAUGGACUGAAAGAAUUCUAACAAUACAAAAUUUGACACCAAAUGUUGUACAACUAGUUGCUUUCAUUAAUCAUGUUCAUACUUAUUAUAAACAACAAAGAAAUUUACUUCGACCCAUUGCAAUUGUCUGUGAAUAUGGUGCAGGAUUAAGUGGUAUAUUUGUAACUGCAUCAGUUGGUAUACUACAUACAGAAAUGUUAGGACGAAUGGCUGAUGUAUUCACUAUAGCUGGUUAUCUAUGUCAACAACGUCGUGGUGUAUUAAACAAUUCAUCUCAAUUAUAUGCUGCUGCUCGAUUGAUUGGUUAUUCUGCAAUAGAGAUAGCAGCUAGAAAAGAUGUUAUCAUUGGUCCAAGACGUCGUCCAUCAAUGAAAUCUGAAAAUAAUACAAAGUUAGACACAACAAUACAUCAUCUUUCACAUCCUGUUAAUACUAAUCCACUAGAUAAUAUUUUUUCUGACAAAUCUCUACGAUUAGAUGACUUAAUAUCUGUGGUCGAUAAAUGGUCAGUAAAGAAUGAAGUUGAAUCAGUUUGCUGUAAUUCAAAGACUGAAGAAAGUUCUAAGGAUUCUUAUUCCAAAAAUGAUUCUGAUCUGUCUACACCAGAGAAUUCUUUAAAUACUACUGAUGAAAAGUUAACCAAUAGUAAUAACAGUUUUACUAAUCGACAACAUGAUAUAAAUAUACCAGAACAUUUAGUAGAUUUAAAUUAUUUAACUAAAAAUUCUUUGAAUAAUAAACGUUUCACUCGUCAAGAUUUUGAAAAUUCACGAUCAUCAUCAUCUCAAUUAUAUUGA